CCAUUGGGCAUACAUAACACAUAGAAGCAAGAUGGCGGUGGAGAUCGACGAGUCAUUCAAGAAACCGGGCGCCGUCCCGUUCAAAUGGGAGAUCCGGCCCGGCGUCCCAAAGCUCCAACACCACCACCACCAAAACAAACAGCAUCCUCCAUUGCCCAAAAAGCUCUCCCCUCCAGCCCUCUCUCCACCAUCAUCACAACCUUCCUUCAUAAUCACCUCCCGCUCCGCCCACUCUUCCCCAAGAAUCAGCCGCUCCUCGUCCAUCUUCCUCACCCCGCCUCCAAACCUCGGAUCGGGCCGCUCCUUCCGAUCCGCUCCCCGGGCCCAAUCCGAGCGAUGGGGAACGGCCCAUCAUCAUCAUCAUCAUCGGCCUGCUAGUAAUCGGGUUCGGGCCGGGCAGCAGCCCGAGCUCGUCGCCCCUUCAGCCGGGUGCUUCUUCAAUCUGCCCAAGCUGUUGUUGCUGAGGAGAAGGCGGGGGAAGAAAAGCAGCAAGAGUAAGAGGAUGAGUACUGUCCCUGUGGCGGAGGAGGAGAGCUGUUAUGAUUCGGGUUCCGACCUGGAGUCGUUCUCUCGGUGGUCGGUGUCGAGCCGGCGGUCUCUUUCGCCGUUUAUGGACUCGCCGGCGUCGCCAUAUUCCUACGCGUCGUCGUAUGAUCAGUUUUCGCCGCGGCCUCUGGGAGAUGCACAGUGGGCCGGAUUUGGGCUGUUUUGAUGGGCCUUUGCGAAUGAGAGAGAUUCGGGCCCACUUUUUCGGAACUGCAGCCAAACGACGUCGUCCUGGUUUUGCCAACAGCAAGCCAACGAGGCUAGUGAUGUGCCUAAAAAAAUAUAUGUAUUUUCUCACUUCCACAUGUGUUGUCCGCUUGAUAGUAGUUAAUUUUGGGGCGUGUUCUAUUGAGUAACGGCUACGGAUGGCUAGAGACGACCUGUGGAAAGUGAACAAAAUAGAGUUGCAAGCUAUAUAUAAAAUGUCCUUUUUGUUUCAGUAUGCUAAGAUCCAACAAUGGAGUUUGGGAGGUUAAUGGAAGUUGUAGCUGGGAUGAAUAUGGGUUCUUCGAAUACUUACUCUAGGCGAUUUUCCUUUAAACAUAAAAAGAAAAAAAAAAUUACGAGUAGUACAUUGCAGGUUCACACCAAGUAAGUUCAAUUACAAAUUUCGAAAGAUGUGACAGUUUCUCUAAAUAAGGACGAGACAUAAAUCUCGUUCCAUCAAAUCUCAUAUGUUUAGAAUGUGAUUGUACAGAUAAUUAUUCGUGUUAGUUGGAGGAGAGAAGGCUUUCUCAUAUAAGGUGUAGUAGUAGUCGUUUAGAAAUACCGUGAACCAUGUGAGGCCUAGCCCGAACUCGUUGCCCUAACAGGGUGCUUCUUCAAUAUGCUUACUUAUAAGACCUUCUCGAAUAAGGUUAUAGUAGUUCUUUUAAAAUAAAAUAAAAAAAACCGUAAACCAUGUGAGGUCUAUUUUUAUCAGACACAAUAUUUGAACCAAAAUGUAUAUGUUUAACUUAAAAACGUAUAAAAUGCCACUUCUUUCUUGGUAUGAUAAUUAUAAUUCUUCGAGAUUUCUAAAUUAUUGUUCGAUCUAUACCACUCAAUUUAGAAAUCACAAACGGAUGAGUUCAUCUCCAAAUAUUUUCCCCAAAGUGACAACUUAUUUUAUAAUCGUUUUUGGCAUAUUUUUUUACAUUUGUCGAGCAAAUGUAAUGAUGUUUGACUGUUAAUUGAUCAGGGGUAUUAUUAUAUAUCAACACUUGUUUCCCGCAAAACACCGCUGUUAGUGGCGUUAUUAGUGCCAAUUCAAUUAGUUAUAUUCAUCUCUGCAGCGGAAUGAUUAUGGGAAGUCAACUUUAAUGGCUCGCGGCAGCUUGCGGAAAAAAAGAAAAAAAAAACCCAACGAUCCCCUCUAGAUUAACAAGAUAACGUAAAUUAUCUACCGUAGACUAAUCUGGUACGGUUAUUCGAUCUCCACCACAAACCUAACUAACUAUACCGUUGAAACAUGAUACCGUACAAGUAGCUCAAAAGUCAAAUCUAUCUGUCUUCAUUUUCUUCGUUUUGGUGGCAAGAAGUUGACUUUUUCAUUGAUGUUUGUCGAGAACCACUUGCUUCAAUAACUCGAGUUGUUGGGAAAAAGUUCAAUCAUGAAUCAUAUACCAUUUACUAAUAUAUUCUCUCAAACGAAAAUCACAUAUGUAGGACUUGAAGUUUCCACAACUUCAUACACAAUGUGCUUAAUAAAACGAAUGAGGGUCAUCGGGAAUCCAACCGAAGACUUUUCGGUCACAAAAGGAUCUGGUACCAUCUCAAGGACCACAUGAUCCCAAUAACUCGAGUUGUUGGGAGAUGUUCAAUCAUGAAUCAUAUACCGUUUACCAACAAUGUUUUGUCUAUUUGCAACUUUAUUAUAGCUAAAAUAUAAUGUAAUAAAAGUA